CCAUCUGCCCCCAUCUGCCCUGACCUCAUCUGCCCCAUCCUCCUCUGCCACAUCUGUCCCAUCUGCCAAAUCUGCCCCAUCCACCAUGUCCGUCCCUGAUGAAGACCCCGAGAGAAAGGAGAUGCGCAAAUCGCUGCGUAGUCUUGAGAGGCAUGUCACUGGGCUGAAGCCAGACCAUCAAAUCGCUCCAUCCGAGAUCGAUCGAAUUCAGCUCAUGCCUCUGUCUCUGGAUGAAGGCUCAAAGGAUAGACCGGUCUUUUUUACUCCUUUGGACGAGUCCUUCCUCGAGACCCCUGAUGAUGAAUACGAUCAAAAAUAUGGCAUGGAAUAUGAUACCUAUGAUUCAAUUCCAGAAGAUUGCAGAGAUCCGAAAACCUGCGCCCAAGCAAUCAAUAUUUACUGGUCUACCUAUCUCUCUCGCUACUCCCUCGGCAAACAACCCGUGGGCGGCGAAAUCGUGUGGUCCCCGGUUAGAAUUGGCUACACUGUGUAUAAGGACCUCUACCGUUAUGGCUUUCCGGAGUUUGGCUUCACCGAUGCUGAACAGGUCAAAACUGGGCCAUAUGCGCACAUGAAGGCCACCAUUUACAACAACCUCAACGGCGACGAUGACCACUUGCUUCAAGGAGAAAUGCUCCCUAUCUUACGUCUGAUGAUAGGCCACCUGAGAAGGGCCCGUUUUAUCGAUCACAUGGUCGCACCGUUGAUGGUCUUUUCUUUCCUGGGCCCCCAGCACGCUCGCGUCAUCGAAGCCUACGUGGAAGACCAUACCGUGGUGGUACGACGGACCAAAUUAUACGACCUUCGUAGCAAAGACGCCGCAGCAUUCAAACUUUUUGCUCGGUGGUUCUUUGGAAAACCAGGUGCACCGACAGGUCAAUCUCAAUAAGCUCGCAAUGAUGUUUUUGUUUUGCUCCAAGGCGAGCUGGAGCUGUAUGUGGUUUUUGGACGGUUAGGGUCGGCGUUUCGGUUACACUGUCUAUUCCAUUGUAUGGGAAUGUACACGAUCAGGAGCUUUUGGGUUAUGGGUACGGGUUAGGCUAAGAAUGAUACCUUGAAUGAAUAGCGUGACUUUAUUUUCGUG